CACCUCAUUGAUAAUUGAUUACCUUUUUUUGUGUGUCAUACUUUCCUUUAAACUGCUUCUCCUCUGUCAUUCAACUGUCCAUAUUUCUAAGCUUAUAAUUAAGCUCCAUCAAUCUUCACUUUCUUUGCGAUCGACUCAGUGAUUUACCCACACAAUUAAGUAGCAAACAUGGUUAACUUUUUCACAUUGCUGACCGGAUACCCGGGUGCAAGCGGGUUCGGUUCUGGUACAACUGCUGAACAGGUUACUCAAGGGAUUGAUGCCUCUAACCUCACUGCUAUUGUCACUGGAGGGUCAAGUGGGAUUGGACUAGAGACGGCAAGAGUGUUGGCACUUAGGAAUGCACAUGUCUUCAUAGCUGCCAGAAACAUGAGCGCGGCUAAUGAAGCCAAACAGCUUAUCCUUGCUCAAAACAAAUCUGCUAGGAUCGACAUUCUCAACCUUGAUCUCUGCUCUAUCAAAUCCGUCACAGAAUGUGCUCAUCAUUUCCUUUCUCUAAACUUGCCUCUUAACAUUUUAAUAAACAAUGCUGGUAUUAUGUUCUGUCCCUUUCAGCUAUCUGAAGAUGGGGUUGAGCUCCAAUUCGCCACAAAUCAUCUAGGUCAUUUUCUGUUUACAAAUCUGCUGCUUAACAAAAUGAAGCAAACAGCUAAAGUCACUGGAAUCCAAGGAAGAAUAGUGAUUUUAUCAUCAAUAGCACAUGUUCAUACUUAUCCUGGAGGAAUUAUAUUUGAUAAAAUCAAUGAUGAAAACAGUUACUCAGACAAAAGAGCUUAUGGACAAUCUAAGUUAGCAAACGUACUACAUGCAAAUGAGUUGUCUCGCCGUCUAAAGGCAGAGGGCGCAAAUGUUACUGUCAACUCUAUACACCCAGGAUUAAUCAUGACAAAUCUAAUGAAGCAUUCAUACUUCUUAAUAAGAUUUAUAAAUCUUCUGACAAGGCUCUUAUGGAAAAGCGUGCCACAGGGAGCAGCAACAACUUGCUAUGCAGCUCUCCAUCCGAGUUUAAAAGGUGAAACAGGCAAGUAUUUUGUAGACUGCAAUGAAUUGGAGCCUAUUGCACUUGCUAAAGAUGAGGCGUUGGCCAAGAAACUUUGGGACUUUAGCGAGGAUUUAGUGAAGUCAGCUUCGAAGCUUAAACAGAUUAAUUAGUUCAUUUACGUGCUUCUCUAAUUAUAAUGAAACAGAACAUUGUCCAAUGGUACGGAGAUUAGAAUGAUACAAAUUGUUGUUGCUUUGUUGUGUAUUAAUACUAAGACCGAGCAAGUAGUGCUCUAACAAGUGUAUGUCUUGUAUUCUAUGCUAUGUGUUGUCUAUUUAAAGGGUUCCUAAUUUAUAAAAAAAGGCAGCAUUUUAUGCUAUCGGUCAA